AUGUCGGAGAUAAAAGUGAUAUAUCCUUCUAUCCGAUCAAAGCCAUUCAAGAAUGGGAUAGUCAGAGUCCCACUAGAGUUUACUUCAAAUGAACAGCAACAACAAUACCAACCACUUCCUAUAGACAAGUUAAGGUUCGUAGUGUUUACCAAUUCCCAAGGUAAAUGGGCCUUGGUCAAAGAUAUUGCUGCAUCACUCAAUUACCCUUCAUCGUAUCAAUUAAUCAAAAAGUUUCUCAAGAAGGUGCCCGAUAAGUCAUGGUUAAAGCGUUCCGAUCCAUCGUUGAAUGAUUUAUUAGUAGCGAAAGGUUUAAUUGAUGAAGUUGAUUCCAGUAAAUCGUUCUUUUACGUCUCAUUGGACUUUAUAGGCUCAAUUAUUGCGAACACAGAAGUUUUAUUGGUUGAUAAUGAUGAUCCAAUUGAUAGUAAUGAAGAUAUUGAUAUAAAACUUCCAAAGGACCCUUCAUCAGAAGAUGAUAGCAAAGUCUUACUUAGUCAAGUGUUUCCUCAAUAUGAAUCUCGUCAUAUCCCUUUGGUGCAUUCUUCCUUUAAUACCUUGAGUAACUUAACCAAGUUGAACUUUUACCGGAGUUUGCCUAAUGCGUUCCAGUUUCUUCCCAAUGCAAAGCUUAAUGUCUUUGAGAGGGAGAUUCUUAUGAAGGAGAAUGAAUAUAUCGAACAAGCUACUUCUAAUGGUUCUAAUACCGAAAAAGACAACAAUAAUAUUGGUAGUACUAAUAGUACUGAAGGUCAAGAAGGUGGAGGUUCUUCAAAGAGUAAACAGAUUCGGAAAUUGAUCAAUAGAAAUAGAAAGCAUAACAUUAAUGUUGAUCCUAAUACUUUGGAUUUACAUGAUUCAAUUAUUCCAGGUCAAGGUUAUAUUCAAGAAUUUUCAGUGAAACAUCUUUGCAAAGUUCCCAACUAUUUUAUUACUUCAUCUACUCAGCCAAUAGCUUCAUCAUCAACCACUUCUUUGAAUGCUAUGAGAAGAUUUGGAGGGAACACUUUCACCUCUAAUAAACAGCCAUAUAUUGCAAAUGAAACAACGGUCAAAUUAUCUAAGAACCUUCAAAAAUUAAUCUACAACAAUGAGAAUGAUCAUCGGAAUACCAAAUAUUAUUAUGUUAAAUCCUAUAGAGGUCCAGGAAGUGGUAACUAUAAAGAUGCUGCAUUAAUGAAUAAAGUAAACAAAAUCCCCUUAACCACUCAACCAAUUUAUAGGGUUCACAAAUCUGCUAAAGAAGUUAGUAGAUAUGAUCAUAAAAGACAAUUACGAUCACUUAAAGGAUUACUUUGUGAAAAGAUUUCUCAAGAUAAUUUUGAAAGCAUUUUAGAUAGACAAAGAGAGUUUGUUGAAGAUUUUGAUAAUAUGGAAGUGUUACACAACAAUUUACAAUUCAAUGUACUAGUCAAUUCGUAUCGUGAGAUUAGUGCUAAUACUUGGGAUCAAUACUAUAAGUUUAAGACCACAGAUCAUGACCAAUUGGCUUCUGAACAAAGACUUAAGAAGAAGCACAAUGAUUAUCAAGAUAAGUUUAAAGAGUAUCAAGAAAAGGAACAAGCAAGACAACAGAAAUUGGUUGAAGUAAGACAAAAGCAAAUGGAAGAAUAUCAUAAACAGCAAAACCCAGCAGCAGCAGUUGCAUCUGCAAGCAAUUUAUUGGAUCAAGAUGUACCAAACAUGAAUGACUUCACUAAGAAAAAGGAAAAGAAGAUCAGAACUGAUGAGACUUCAGACAAAAGUGACAAUAGUUCAAGUGAUAAUGAAAGUGAACUGGAAAGGCAAUCCCAGAAACCACUUUUAGAAAGGCUUGCUGAUGAAAUAAGAGAACUUGAAAUCCCAAUUCAGCCUCCCACACCUCCAUCACCCGAUCAAAUUGCCAAGUUUGUUCUUCCUAAUGAGAUAAAGGAAGUUUAUGAAAAGAUACCUUAUGAUUUAAGAGAGCCUGGUGUUCAGAUCAAGAAACCAAUUUAUUCUAGUGCCACUUAUGCCGACACACUGAAUGCACAAUUCUUGAACAAGAUAGAGAUGAUCAGAAUACCUAACCCCAAUUCCAUUGGCUGGGAUAACUUCAAGAAGUAUAACAGUAGAGUAUGA